AUGACUUCUCUUUACUCUUCUGAUGAAUUUAUUUUAUUGUCUUUACCAUUAAAUGCAAAACCUUCCACUGAUAGUUCCAUAGAGACUGAUCUAUGGUUAAAGGAUUCUUUAGUAGAUGGCAAGUGUUAUGUUUCUGAUUUCAAUAUUCCUGAAUUCAAAAUUGGUUCAUUGGACGAUUUAAUUCUCGAUUCUGAAGAAUUGAGUAAAAAUGAUGAGAUUAUAGAAAAUUCAAUCAAAAAAGUUACUGAAAUCAUCUCAUCAUUUAAUGAAGCAACAAAAAAUUCCUACAAAACAAUUUCAAUUAAUAACAUGGCAAUCCCUGAAUACCUAAACAAUUUCCAGUGGGAUAAUAGAAAAUUCAAGUUAGAUAAAUCUAUUAAAGAAUUGAAUAGUUUGAUUUCUAAUGAAUCAACUCAAUUAGAUAAUGAUGUAAAGGCAACUGCGGCAAACUAUAACAAUGCAAAGACAAAUCUAGCCACUGCUGAAAGAAGAAAAACUGGUGAUCUUUCCGUGAGAUCUCUUCAUGACAUUGUAAAACCUGAAGAUUUCAUUCUAAAUUCAGAGUAUUUAACCACUGUUUUAAUUGCAGUUCCAAAAUCAUUAAAAUCUGAUUUCGAAAAACACUAUGAAACUUUGACUGAAAAAAUUGUUCCAGAAUCAGCAAGCAUCAUUUCAGAAGACGCUGAAUAUAUCUUGUAUAAUGUUCAUUUAUUCAAAAAAUCAGUUGCCAAAUUUAAUUCUGCUGCAAGAGAAAGAAAAUAUAUUCCUCGUGAAUUUAACUAUUCUGAAGAAUUGAUAGACAAUUUGAAGAAAGAACACGAUUCUGCUGCAAGUUUAGAACAUUCUUUGAAAAUCCAAUUGGUAAGAUUAGCUAAAACUGCCUAUGCUGAUUUAUUCAUCAAUUGGUUCCAUAUUAAAGCUUUACGUGUAUUCGUUGAAUCUGUAUUACGUUAUGGUCUGCCUUCUCAUUUCAACAUAAAAAUAAUUGCAACUCCACCAAAGAUGUUAUCCAAAUCUAAACAUGAACUAAUUGAAAAUUUCCAAUACUUGGCUGGUAAUGCUUUUGCAAAGGAUAAAAAGGGAAAGAUAAACAGACAAGACAACUCAUUAAAUCAAUAUUCAACUCUGGUGGAUAACGACUACGAACCAUUUGUAAUCUACACUGUAUCCCUAUGA